GAUGUUAUAUGAGCACCCGGAAGUUAUGAAACUCACGAGAAGUGAUGUCUUGGUGUUGACACCUUGGCUGGCCCCAAUUAUAUGGAAUGGCACCUAUAACAUAGACAUCCUGAAUGCUCAGUUCCACCAGAGAGGUGUCCGCAUUGGCCUCACUGUCUUUGCUGCUAAAAAAUACAUUCAGUUUAUUCCAACAUUUCUAGAAUCAGCUGAAAAGUUCUUCAUGGUGGGACACCCGGUAAAUUACUACGUAUUCACUGAUCAGCCCAAUAACAUACCCAACGUUACACUUGGUGAGAGGAGACAACUGAUCGUACUGGUAGUCCCUGCAUACAAGAGAUGGCAAGAUGUCUCCAUGAGGCGCAUGCAGAUUAUUCGAGAUUACACUCGCGAGCGCUUCGUCCAUGAAGUGGACUAUUUGGUGUGUGCCGACGUGGACAUGAAGUUCACCGACGACGUUGGAGUUGAGAUCUUGAGUGAGGUGUUUGGUACUAUUCAUGCUUGUUUCUUUACGGCACAACGCAAAGACUUUACCAAUGAACGACGGCCAGAGUCCGCUGGCUAUGUUCCCUUUGAUGAGGGGGAUUAUUACUACACAGGAAGCUAUUUUGGGGGUUCAGUAGAGGGGAUCUACAAGUUGACUAACCACUGCCACCGCGCCAUGCUGGCAGACAAGGAGAAGAGCAUUGAGGCGCUCUGGCACGAUGAGAGCUAUUUGAACAGAUAUUUCCUUUAUCACAAACCCACUAAGGUCCUCUCCCCAGAAUAUUCAUGUAAUUACUUUUGUGGAGAACCAGCUGUUGUGCAGAAAAAGAGGUUUGUUCUUGUUCCAAAGGUUUAUGCAAAGAUCCGGGACAAGCGGUGACACCUGGACAUUUGAAGGCAAAGCUUUUGUUCAAUGUUCAUAUUGGCUGCAAUAUAUAUUUUGUUCACCAUGACCUUUUAAAUAUGCACUGACCAUAGUAUUCUGUAGCUUUGAGCUUGCUUUUUUGUUGUUGUCUCAAGCAGGUUUGUAUUUUACAUACAUAGCAUCCCCUCCAUUGCUGUCUUUUUAUGGGGUGGUGAUUUGUACUUUAUACAGUUUACUCUUCUCACCUUCUCUACUUGGGCAUUGCACACAUAUCAGUCACUGAUUCAAGUUGCAGGUCAUGGGUUGCCAUCAAUGGGUGUUGACUCAUUACAGUCCAUGAACCUGAUGCUAGGUUGCCCUAAUUGACAUAAACUUCACACGUCAGAUGCAUACGCACGCCACUCAAGCACACUUAUCUUAAUAAAUAAAGACACAACAACCGUAAUUGGCGUGAAAGGGGUCAGCUUUUUAUUUUGACUGAGAGGGAGGCCUAUUAAUACUAACACUAAGAAUGCAGACUUCCCUCUCUAACUAAGGUUGCGGGGA